UAUCAGUUGCUUCUUCUUCCUCCCUGCCGUCCUCCGGAAAAUCCUUCUUCUCACAACAAUGGCGAAGAAGCGAGAUCGAAUUGUUAACACACAGCCUUUUAUCUCCGAUGGCGCCUCCGUCGCUUCUUCCAGGAAGCGAUCAAAGGUUCCCAAAACCCAUCAGCAGCAGGAGAAGUUGAUUGAUGCUGGAAUCAGCUCGAAGAUCAUGAAGGAAGCUCUUGCCCAGCAAAAAGAGAUCGCUGAUGAAGAGAACGCCGAAAAAAACCCUAGUCUCGCCGUGUUUUCUACUGCGGCCGCCAUUACUGCGGAAGAGGAGAAGAGAGUGCUGGAGGAGGAGCAGGAGGAAGAUAAUAUUGAUGAUAUUGAUGAAUUUGAUGGAAAAUUCGACGAUGAUACUUAUCAAGAGGAUAUCAAUGAAGAAGACGAGAAGUUGUUUGAAUCCUUCUUUGUUAAAGAUGCACCUCGUCAACGUACUCUCGCCGACAUCAUUAUCAAGAAAAUCAAAGAUAAUGACGCCGACUUAGCUGAAGAAGAGCGUCCUGAUCCUAAAAUGGACUCUAAGAUAACUCAAUUAUAUAAAGGUGUUGCCAAGAUUAUGAGUGAAUAUACGAUUGGGAAAAUGCCAAAAGCGUUUGUGCUUAUUACUAAAAUGGAACGCUGGGAGGAUGUAUUAUACUUGACUGAGCCAGAGAAAUGGUCUCCUAACGCAAUGUAUCAAGCCACAAGGAUCUUUGCUCACCACUUGAAAGACAGUCAGAUUCAACGGUUUUAUAACUUCGUUUUGCUCCCGCGAGUGAGAGAGGAUAUUAGAAAACACAAGAGGCUGCAUUUUGCUCUAUACCAGGCUUUGAAAAAGUCACUGUACAAGCCUAGUGCAUUCAAUAAAGGCAUACUAUUUCCGCUUUGUAAGUCGGGGACAUGCAAUCUCAGAGAAGCUGUAAUUUUAGGAAGCAUUCUCGAAAAGUGUUCUAUCCCUAUGCUUCACUCAUGUGUUGCUUUGCUAAACCUGGCUGAGAUGGAGUAUUGUGGCACAACCAGCUACUUUAUAAAAACUCUUUUGGAGAAGAAAUAUUGUAUGCCGUAUCGAGUGCUUGAUGCAUUGGUUGCUCACUUCAUGAGAUUCGUCGACGAAAUAAGAGUCAUGCCUGUGAUCUGGCACCAGUCUCUUCUUACUUUUGUGCAACGGUACAAAUAUGAACUACUAAAGGAAGACAAAGAGCAUUUCCAAACUCUCCUCAAGAGGCAAAAACACCAUCUUGUUACUCCUGAGAUUCUUAGAGAGCUUCAGGGUAGCAGAAACCGUGGAGAGAAAGCAGAUGAUCCUAUGUUGGCUAAUUCUUCUUCAGUUUCAACAAUCAACAACCCGAUUAAAGAAGACAGGUUUGACAUUCCAGAAGUGCCAAUGGAAGAGGACUGAUUCUUUUCAUGGUGUUUGGUUUUGGAAGAACAAAGAUUAUUGAAACUCCAGUUUUGUCGUAGUUACUUGCUUAAUUUUUAAGUAAGAAUUGAAUCUUUAUUACGUUAUAGUCUGUAUCUUUAAACAUGGUUUAGUGUUUGUUAUAAUCCAAAGUUUGUACUUUCUAUAUACAAAGUAAGAAUUGAAUCUUUAUUACGUGAUUUGUAUGAU